AUGGCCAGUCCCCUGUGGCGGGCCACAGCAUUUGUGCAGAGACAUAGGACAGGCCUGUUGGUGGGUUCCUGUGCGGGCCUGUUUGGGGCCCAGAUCUUGUACCACCUCUUCCCAGAUCCUGUGGUUCGAUGGCUAUACCAGUACUGGCCUCAGGGCCAGCCAGCCCCACUCUCCCCAAAGCUUCAGAGACUUUUCCAAGAGGUACUACAGGACAUUGGCAUCCCAUCAGACCAUGGGAACAAGGCCUUCACCACUUUCACCUUCCUGCCGGUGAGUGCUGGCUUCCCAAGACUCCCUGCUGGGGCCGUGGUGGGCAUCCCCACCAGCUUCCUGGAUGACUCAGUGACCAAAACUGACCACCCUGUGAUUGUACAUGGGCAAAGAGUGGACUGGAAAAGCCCAGAAGGUACUUGGCUGAAAUACACCCUGACCCUGUCCCAUGAUGCUCAGAAGCUUGCCUUGGCCAGGGAGGUGAUGUACCUGGAGAGCAGUACAGCUGUGCUGCAGACCCUGCCGGCCCCAGCUUGUCUGGCAGGAACUUGGACACUGAGCAUAAGUGCCAAGCAUGCCCUGGGGCUCUAUGGAGGCCCCAUGAACUUAAGAGUUGCCUUCAACCUGGUGGCAGCAGUGGUAGGCUUUGUGGCUUACGCCUUCUCCACAGACUCUCUCACUUACACCCUGGAAGCCUGA